UCUCACUCACUCUCUCAACUCCCUCACUCGCCACCUCCAUUCUCCGCUCCCAAUCUCCGAUCUGCUCCAACAACACCAUUUCAAUUUCCACCCCUUCUCUCCCUAACCCAAUCUCGUUCUUCUCUCUCACCAAUUUCUUCGGGUUUCGCGCAACACCAUCACAAAAAAACCCUUUUUUUUAAACCCCACUUCGUUUUCUAGGGUUUUCGCACUCUCACUGUUCUCCUGGAUCUGCCAGAAGCGCUGCAUGUUUGUUUCGUAGUCUCGCGUUGAACUACACACAAUCAAAAUGGCGUCUUCGUUUACGGGUUCUGUUAGUGCUGCCCAGGUGGGUUCCUACUUUGUGGGACAGUACUAUCAAGUUCUUCGCCAGCAACCAAGUCUGGUUCAUCAGUUUUACUCUGAUUCCAGCAGCAUGAUUCGUGUGGAUGGAGAUAUCACAGAGACUGCACCUGAUGUGCUGCAAAUUCAUUCGAUUGUCACUUCGCUGAAUUUUUCGACUAUUGAGAUCAAGACAAUCAAUUCCCUUGAUUCCUGGAAUGGGGGUGUGCUUGUGGUGGUCUCGGGCUUUGUUAAGAUUAAGGAUGUCCACAGGAAGCGGAAGUUUGUUCAGACCUUCCUUCUCGCCCCUCAGGAGAAAGGUUACUUUGUGCUGAAUGAUAUAUUUCAUUUUGCCGAUGAUGGAGUAACGCACCCUAAUACCGUGCCGGUGGAAUCAGAACAAUAUGACACAGAACCACAUUAUGUACCUGCUUCUCUUGCCGAGCCACCUGCUGCACACUAUGAUUUAGAGGAAGAAGCUAGGGAGUAUGUCGACUCAGUCCAUAUAGAUGAUGAUCUUGUGGACAAGUAUAGUCUUCCUGAGGAGCAGCAGCAGCUACAAGAAGAUUAUGAAACUGAAUAUGUGGUGGAGGAAACUCCUGCACAAGAGGCACCUCCACCAAUUCACAGCGUUGCACAGACCACCCAUGAAACACCUGUUGCUUUUGUGGAAGAGUCUUUUGAGGAGCCUGCUAAGAAAACUUAUGCAUCUAUUUUACGAGUUUCCAAAGGGCAAUCAGUGUUGUCAGCUGCUCCACAACAAGCCCCCCAAUAUACUUUCAAAAGUGCUCCUCCUCCUCCAGAGGUAAAUCACGUAGCACAGCCUGCUGUUCAACAGUCAAGUUCUGCUUCUGCGUAUAUUCCUGAAUCUGGGGCUGAGGCAGCUGAGGAAGGCUAUGGAGGCUAUGGACUACAAGAAGAAGGUGAAGUAACUUCUGUCUAUGUGAGGAACUUGCCUGGUGAUGUUACUGAAAGUGAAAUUGAGCAGGAAUUUAAGAAUUUUGGCAGAAUUAAGCCAGAUGGAAUAUUCAUUAGGGUUCGACAGGAAAUUGGAGUUUGCUAUGCAUUUGUUGAAUUUGAAGACAUCAUUGGUGUUCAAAAUGCACUUCAGGCUUCACCCUUACAAUUGGCUGGAAGGCAAGUAUACAUAGAGGAGCGAAGGCCUAACAGUGGCAGUGCAGCUCGCGGAGGAAGAGGAAGGGGAAGAGGCAGAGGCGGUUAUCCAACAGAUGCUCCAAGAGGACGUUUCGGCGGAAGGAGCUUGGGGAGGGGUAGUUAUCAGGAUAGAGGUGAUGGUUAUCAACAGCGUGAUAGUUAUCAGCAGCGUGAUGGUUAUCAGCAGCGUGGUUCACGAUAGGAAGAUGUUGUAAAAUCAUGCACGAAGGUGUUAUUCAGGGUCUUAAUCAGUUAUUUAAAUCUGAGCUUGAUGUUGGUUUUUAAUGCAGAACAUUUUCUUCCGUGGUUUCAUCAUUUUGGGUGUCUUUUUGUAAUUUUCUGAGUUAAAGCUGUUGAGACUUCACCAGUUUGUUUUGCCAGUGUAGAUCAGUUGUUCCCUUGAAUGCUUUUAUUAUGCCAUUCAGGUGGAAAUUUUGGUUAUUUAUUUUAGCCCAAUGUCAGUGAUUGUGAGGUUCUUUUAAUGAGAAAAAGGUGUUGAAAGGAAAAACUGAUCUAGACAUCAAUACAAGAGGUUGUGCUGAA